AUGCUCUCUCCCGUGCACUGUUCCUCGUCCCUCGUCCCUCCCGUCCCGCAUACGCUCACGACAGCGCGCCCUUUACCUGGGGAGCUCGGAACUCUAGGCGGCAAAGCUACACAGCUGCCCGUCCUGUAUCUAGCGCUCGUAGCAGGCGGCAGCUCGAACGCCAACGGCGGCGCCCAGUCUCCGCUCCUCGUCGCCCUCUUCGUCGCGCUCGCUCAGGCCCAGGAGCAGCAGCACCAGUGUCAGCCCUCGUCUCACCUCGGCCCUGCGAUCAGCGAAGAAGACAUCGGCUUCCAGUUCCCUCAGCAGCAGGGUGGUAUGGCUGCUGCCUUCGGACGCGAACAGCACAACUCGCAUCGUCGCAGCGAGAGCAACGGCGAGAUCCACCGCGUUAAUAUAAAUCGACAUUCAGGAGCGGAUCGAGGCUCUACAGCGUCAGCAAACCGCCUUUCACCAGCACUCGCGUUGAACCAGGCCCUGUCCUUCCAGCCUCUUGGGCUGGCUCCGUCUCAACGAUGCCUUCGCCACACACCCCGCCACGCACCACCCGCGGCUUCUCGCCUCUCCCCCAACGCACGACGCGCGUAUCGGGCCUGCUUCCUCCCGCUUCGCGCGUCUAUCGGCACGCUUCGCUGGGGAGGAACUUUGACCAUCCCUUUCCGGCGCGUGGGUACCGAGUCCGUUGACCAACCUGCACGGCUCACCCUCCACUGCUCGCGCUUCGCCUCUGGGUACAUCCCGCGCUUCGCCCUCGGCCGUUCCUCGCCCAUCUCACUUCGCACCGCGUACACACAGACCCAACGAGCCCAGGCAACCCCCCUACCCCGAGAUCCCCGCGACACGUCCUUCACGCGCGAGGACCCGCAUGACGUCCCUCUCGCCCGCACACCAGCCUCAACGCCCAACGUCCCGCACUCGCCCCACCCGCAAGACCCAAACACAACGCCCACGCACUCGCCCUUUCCCCGUCCCAUCCUCAAGACCCAGAUCCAGACCAAGCGCGCGGCCGCGGACGAAGCCAGAUCGCGCCCGCGCAAGCGCGCGAGGACGAGCGCGGACGAGGUCGACACGCUUGUUAGGGGCAUGCGGCAUGCCGGGCGCUUGGCCGUACGAGUCUGGGUCUGGUUCUGGGUCGUGGGAGAGGGAGGGGGAUGA